UACACUUGCAUUCCUUGUGAUUUCUGGCCUACCUAACCGACAGAGUAAAUAUUUUUCUGAAGAACCUAUCCUUCUUCUUCUUCUUCUUCUUCUUCUUCUUCUUACAAACUAAGAAACUAAUGGAGGAAGAGAAACGCCUUUUGCGGUCAACUUGUGUACUGUCAACAUGUGUGAAAGUGUUGUUCGAAAAGAUUGUUUCUAGUGAAUUUGCAGCCAACUUCCGGAAGACAAAGCUUGACAAUUCACUUCUGAAAAACCUCAAGACAAGACUGGUUUUGGUUCUGACUGCACUUAAUGAUGCUAAGGAGAAAAAGAUCACCAAUCCUGCUGUCAAGGAAUGGUUUUAUAUGUUGAGAUAUGUUGUCUUUGAAGUUGCCAAUCUCUUUGAUGAAAUUAAUUUGGUUCAAUAUCAGGUGCUCAAUAAUCUUUCUUCUCUUCUCAAACGGUUUGAUGUAUUAGUUAAUUCUAUAAUGAUUAAAUUACUUGAAAGAUUCGAAUUCUUGAGUUCAGGAGGUGAUCAGAAAGGUGUUUCCAAUUCCAACAGUUUUUGUAAUGGAAGUCCUACUACAGGUUGUAUUUUAUUUGAUGAAUCUUCUGUUUACUAUGGUAGAGAUAGUGAUAUACAGAAACUUAAACAUGUUUUGUUGUCUAGUGAUGAAGAUGAUUGUAAAACAGGAAUGAUUUCAAUUGUGGGUAUGGGAGGGAUCGGUAAAACAACCCUUGCUAAAUUACUUUAUAAUGAUCGCGAAGUUAAGGAGAAAUUCGGGGUGAGAGGGUGGGCACAUAUCUCAAAAGAUUUUGUUAUUUCCAGGGUUUUGGAAACUAUUCUUGAAUCUAUCACUUCACAAACAGAAAUCAGUGAUGUUAACCUGAAUUCUCAACUUCUUCAAUGUGUCAAUGAAAAAAGAAAGGACGAAACUAGUGACGUAUACUCAAAUCUUCUAGUAUUGACAGUGCAACAAAUUCUAAGAACUGAUGUUUUUUUGCUUGUAUUGGAUGAUGUGUGGGAUGCAAAAUCUGUCAAUUGGAUAUAUCUGAUGGACAUCUUGAAUGUUGGGGAGACGGGAAGCAGGAUCAUCAUCACAACGCGGGAUGAAAAAGUUGCACUAUCCAUGCAAACCUUUCUUUCUGUCCACUAUUUGAGACCUCUAGAAAGUAAUGAUUGUUGGUCUUUACUUGCCAGACAUGCAUUUGGAGCAUGGAAAAACCAACAAGGGUCUGAUCUCGUAGAAAUUGGUAGAGAAAUUGCAAAAAAUUGUGAUGGAUUACCAUUGGCUGCAAUAGCACUUGGGGAUUUUCUUCGCAUCAACUUGUCCCCAGAUUAUUGGAACAAUGUGCUAGAAAGUGACAUUUGGGAAUUGAUGGAUUAUGACGUGCAACAUGCUCUACAAUUGAGCUACCAUUAUCUACCGGCUCCUUUAAAACAGUGCUUUGCAUACUGUUCAAUUUUUCCAAAGAAGUCCAUCUUAGAAAAAAAUGUGGUAGUUCAGUUAUGGAUUGCAGAAGGCUUAGUAGAAACGUCUACAUAUCAGGAAAAUGCCGAAGAAGCAUACUUUGAUGAGCUAGUAUCAAGGUCGUUGAUUCAUCAACAAUCUAUUGGUGAUGAGGAAGCAACCUUUGAAAUGCAUAGCCUCAUCCAUGAUUUAGCUACAAUGGUUUCAUCUCCAUAUUCUAUCAGGUUGGACGAACAUAACCCACAUAAAAUGGUACGUAAUUUGUCAUACAAUAGAGGUCUAUAUGAUUCAUUUAAUAAAUUUGACAAAUUGUAUGAAGUAAAAGGUCUACGUACCUUUCUAGCAUUACCAUUACAAAAACAACUGCCUUUUUGUUUGUUAUCAAACAAGGUAGUACAUGACUUGUUGCCAACAAUGAAAGAGUUGCGUGUGUUGUCUUUGUCAAACUACAAAAGUAUCACCGAGAUUCCCAAUUCUAUUGGAAAUUUGUCAGACCUCCGGUACUUAAAUCUUUCUCACACUAAGAUUGAAAUGCUGCCUUCUGAAACAUGCAAGCUUUACAAUCUGCAGUUCUUGUUACUGUCAGGCUGUAAAAGGCUGACUGAAUUGCCUGAGGACAUGGGAAAAUUGGUUCAUCUACGCCAGCUUGAUGUUAGUGACACUGCAUUGAGAGAGAUGCCUGCACAAAUAGCCAAACUAGAAAAUCUUCAAACUUUAUCUGAUUUUGUUGUCAGCAAACAUGAUGGUGGAUUGAAGGUUUCAGAGCUAGGAAAUUUUCUCCACCUACAUGGAAAACUUUCCAUCUCACAACUGCAAAAUGUCAAUGACCCCUUUGAAGCAUUUCAAGCCAAUAUGAAGAUGAAAGAACGAAUAGACGAGGUAGCUUUAGAAUGGGAUUGUGGUAGUACUUCUUCAGAUUCACAAAUUCAAAGUUUUGUACUUGAAGAUUUGCGACCCUCAACAAAUUUGAAAAGUCUCACCAUCAAAGGCUAUGUUGGAAACUGCUUUCCAAAUUGGUUGAGUGAUUCUUUAUUUAGCAACCUGGUGUAUUUGAAGAUAUCGAAUUGUCAUGAUUGUUUAUGGCUUCCACCCCUUGGACAAUUGGGCAAUCUAAAAGAACUCAUUAUUGAAGAGAUGCAUUCAAUACAAAUAAUUGGUCCUGAGUUCUAUGCAAGGGAUAUCUCUCCUUCAUUUCAACCAUUUCCAUCCUUGGAGACUCUACACUUUGAGAAUAUGCAAGAAUGGGAGGAGUGGAACUUGAUUGGAGGUACAACUAAAGAUUUUCCUAGUCUAAAAACUUUGUCACUAAGUAAGUGUCCGAACCUGAGAGUAGGAAUCAUACAUGACAAAUUUCCUUCCAUAACUGAACCUGAGUUAAGUGAAUGUCCUCUUCUGCUGCAAUCAAUGCCAUCGUCAGAUCAUGGAUUCAGGCAACUAAUGGUCCCUCUAUACUCUCUUCAACAGUUGAUCAUAGACGGCUUUCCAUCUCCGAUGUUUUUCCCAAUAGAGGGUCUCCCAAAAACCUUGAAAUUUCUCAUAAUUAGUAAUUGUGAGAAUCUAGAGUUCCUUCCUCUUGAACACUUGGAUAAUUACUCAUCACUUGAGGAAUUGAAAAUAUCUAAAAGUUGUAAUACAAUGAUAUCAUUUACCUUAGGCGCUCUCCCUGUCCUCAAGAGUUUGUUUAUUGAGGGUUGUAAAAAUCUGAAAUCGAUAUUAAUUGCAGAAGACGGGUCGUCACAAAAGAGUCUCUCAUUUCUUAGAAGCAUCAAAAUAUGGGAUUGUAAUGAAUUGGAGUCAUUUCCCCCAGGUGGAUUGCACACUCCAAAUCUCAUUUAUUUUGCAGUUUGGAAAUGUCAGAAGCUUUCUUCACUGCCAGAAGCAAUGAUUACUCUAACUGACCUUCAAAAAAUGGAAAUCGAUGAUCUGCCAAAUCUUCAAUCUUUUGUGAUAGAUGAUUUGCCUAUCAGUUUGAAGGAACUUACUGUUGGCUCUGUUGGAGGGAUUAUGUGGAAUACCGAGCCAACUUGGGAACAUCUCACUUGUCUUUCUGUGUUGCGAAUUAAUGGUAAUGAUACGGUGAACACGCUGAUGGGGCCACUGCUACCUGCAUCACUUGUUACACUAUGGAUCCGUGGUCUUAAUAAUGCAAGCAUUGAUGGGAAGUGGCUUCAAAAUCUCACUUCUCUCCAAAACUUUGAGAUUGUUAACGCUCCCAAACUCAAGUCAUUGCCAAAAAAAGGAUUGCCUUCCUCUCUUUUGGUACUAAAUAUGAUUUGCUGCCCAUUGCUCAAAGCAAGUUUGGGAAGGAAGCGAGGGAAAGAAUGGCGUAAGAUUGCUCACAUUCCCUCCAUAAUUAUCGAUGAUGAGUUGAUCACAUGAGUUUCCUAUAUGGAAAUAAAUUCCGUGUCACCCCUGAUUUUGCCCAAUCCUGCUGCUUUGAGGAGCCAAAUUUGCAUGCACGAACUGCAACCAAUUCUAGUAAAUGUUGUACUGAUGAGGAACAGAUGAAAAUGAUAAACAACAACUGACUGCAAAUAUGUUAGAUUUGCCAAUGACUUCAAGCGUGAUUGAUGGCUUGCACCAAGAUGGCAACAGUGGCAUCUGAGUUCAAUUUCAAUCUCACAGUCUUGAUGUUGCUAAGCCAGUGAAAUGAGAUACUGCAUUCUUAGUGAAUCAAUGCUUGUCUGAGUCCUUUCUGCCAGGGACUUGUUUUGAAGCCUAGAGUUUUUUGCAGGAUUCAGAAAAAGAGGUACAAGUCAUCUGUUUGGUGAAAGUAAAUGUGAUUUUGGCAUUUCCUGUGUUGGGAAGGAUCUUUCAAAAGAUGUUGCCCUAUUCCUACCAUCAAAGUUACUUGUGAUUAUUAUUAUAUUUGGCCCAUUUUGUCACAUGAAUAAUUGUUUUCUUAUAUGGUGUUGAUGAGUUUACUCUAUUUAUCAGUUUGAGUAUGUUACAAGAAAAUAGCUUGCUUGACACUAAACAGUAGCAUAGAUCAUUGUAAUGCAGUUAUUCUUGUCGGUACUCAGUCAAUUAGGAUUUUAUUUGUGUUCUCCCUAUGCUUUAGAAAAUCUCAUUCAGUAAGUUCUAAUCAUUUAGAACAUAAUCUAGGUUUUAUUUGUCCCCAAGUCCAUCAUAAAAUUAAACAAAAUGAAAACAAUGUAUCAGGCAUUUCUACA